AUGCAACCCAAUGCUGGAACACGAUCUGGUGAGCCAUCAUCACAAGUAUCGCAGCAUUCCUCGUCCAUUGCACCAAUUGACGACAAUGAAGUCAAUUAUCGAGACUCAGAAGAGGGUUUGCGAAUAGGGAAUGCGGGUACGGGAAAGGACAUUAGUGCAAUUGAACGAACACUGGGUAGUUCUUCUCCGCAAUCUCUGCGAAAGAUUUUAGAUGACAAUACUGGCAACGCAAGACCACUACAUCCCAAAAAGCAACAACAUAGGGAGAAUGGGAAUGAUGAGUUUGUUCAAUUGCCUAGACCACCCAAAAAGCAAAGAUCAAAUAAACAAGUGGUGCCACCUAUUAUCAUCGGCUUACAUGAACCGCCCCCUCAGGCUGCAUUGUUCCCGCCUAUCGCGUCGAGUUCAUUCCACGACAGUCAUGGGAGAAACACUUUGAAUGCUUUGGCCCCCAAAAUCACAGAAACGAGAGAGGAUUCGAAAACAGAUGGUGUGAUCGUAUCGCCGACCCAGGAAGUCUUGGGUCAGAAAGCAAGUACGAAGAAAAAGAGAAAGGACGUCAAGACGAGGAACAAGUGGUCCGAACACGAGACGAACAAUCUGCUGCUUGGUGUGCAUAAGUAUGGCGUAGGGAAGUGGACGGAUAUAUUAGAAGACCCAAGUUUCACUUUCAACAAUAGGUCAGGGGUAGACCUAAAAGAUCGCUUUAGAACUUGUUGUCCAGAAGAACUUAGAGCUGGAAGCCGCAACUCCGGAAAGCAUUAUACUGGUACCAAGGCAGAGAGUGCAAAAGGACAGCCAAAAACGGAAUUGGUAACUUUCGACCCAUUGUCCGGAAAUUUCAUGACUGGUGAAGAUCAAGAGGCUGAUGAGACUGUGUCAAGCUCUGGUUCUAACCCUGGGCGAAAGCCUCGAAAUCAUCGGAGGAAUCUUACAGACCUUCAAGAGCUAGGAAUAAAAGGGCCAUUCAAACAGUCUGAUCGGAGGCAGAAACGCCCCUUCUCCAGCCAAGAUGAUCGUGAAAUUAAAGAAGGUUAUAACAUUUAUGGGCCUGCGUGGACGAGGAUACAGAGAGAUCCUCAAUUCAACCUUCAGGAUCGACAGCCUACUGAUCUUAGAGAUCGCCUCCGGAACAAGCAUCCCGAACUGUUUCGAUCCGGGGAGGAUGAUACUACUCGGGCAGCAUCACAGUCUCAGAGCAAGCCUACACAGGUUGAGGACUUUUCUAACACAUCUAAUCACGCUACAAUCGAUUCAACUACAUUUGCUUUGAAUCAUGAGAUAUUAAAGCCUACCGCAGAACCUACGGACGGCUUGUCAUUCUCGCAGUCUUUUGAUUGGCCUCCGCCCCCAUUCCCUUAUAUUGGCGAGAUGGAUAUCUCUCGAUUACUGGAAGACCAAAAUCAAUGGACGUCGUGA